AUGCCUGGCGCCUCGCGUCGCCGGCCCAGGUCCACCGUCGAGGACGAUGACGACGCCGACCAUGUCCGCUUUGGCAGCGCAGACUCACCGACUCUCCACGACGGUGCCAAGAGGAUGCGAUUAAGAGGCGGAGGAUCGGACUCGGACUCGGACUCGGACGACGAUGACGAAGUUUACCACUCCUUUCACGACGGAGACCGCCGCUCGAGCCGCGCCGCAACGACCAACGGCGCCCCCGACGAAGGGUACCAGCCCGGUGCUAUCGUGAGAGUCUGUGUCGAGAACUUUGUCACGUAUGAGAAGGCCGAGUUCAUCCCCGGCCCGAACCUCAACAUGGUCAUCGGACCCAACGGCACGGGCAAGAGCUCGCUGGUGUGCGCCAUAUGUCUGGGCCUCGGCUAUCACUCAAAUGUGCUCGGUCGGGCAAGUUCCUUUGGCGAGUUCGUCAAGCACGGGAAAGACUCCGCGACGGUGGAGAUUGAGCUUCAGAAGCGGCCGAAGGAUAAGCAGAAUCUCAAGGUCAAGCUGCGCAUCAACCGCGAAGACAACAGCCGAAAGUUCUGGGUCAACGGCAAGGAAUGCACUCACAAGAACGUCCAGCAAGAGAUGCGCAACCUUCGCAUCCAGAUCGACAACCUCUGCCAGUUUCUGCCGCAGGACAAAGUCGCAGAGUUCGCCGGACUGAAUUCCAUCGACCUCCUCACCAAGACUCUACAGGCCGCAGCCCCUGAGGAGAUGAUUCAGUGGCAGAAUGAACUGAAGAGGAUCUAUGCCGACCAGAAAGAAGUCCAGCGUCGGAUUGAAACCGAUGCCGAGCAGCUACAAAACAUGGAGGGCCGGCAGCAAGGCCUCCAGGCCGACGUGGAUCGUCUCAGAGAGCGAGAGGACAUUCAGAAAAAUGUCCAAGACCUCGAGCAUGCUCGGUGCAUGGUCGUCUACAGUGAAGCCCGCUCCCAGCAUACUCAGGCUAGGGAGCGCAAGAAGGAAGCCGCCGCCAAGCUUCGACAGCUUCAGGAAGAUUGUGGGCCUUCCUUGGAAGCUGUGAACAGGAAGCAGGAGUACCAGAAGAUGCUUGAGGGCGCCCUCAGAGAACGCAAAAGCGUUCUGAAAGACGCAGAGGAAUCUGCCGACCGAAUCGUUCAGGAGGUCGGCACUCUCGACGACAAGCUGAAGGAGUUGGAUGCCAAACGCGACGUCGAGAGAGCCAACAUCCAAGCCAAGAGGAAGGAGGUCCAGAACCUGAGGCAAAAGAUCAAUGGCCUCGAGGCAAGAUUGAGAGGCGACCAGAAGCAAUUCAAUGCUAGUGAAUGGAACACCAAGAUCCGGGAGAAGGAGCACUUGAAGCGUGAGAUCGAGACCGAAAGGCGAGAGGUUAAGAACCAGCACGAACAGCUCAAGGUCCUUGGGAACGAGAACAGGGCGGAGAGGCAACGGUUGCAAAAGAACAUUGAGGAUCUCGAGUCCAUCCAGGGUCGACAAGUGAGCCUGUUGCGGAAGAUCAAUCCCGAUGUUGCGGAGGCCUGGCACUGGCUUCAAGAACAUCAAGCUGAAUUCGACUGCGAGGUCUUCGGCCCUCCUAUGAUCACCUGCUCUGUCCGGGACAACCGGUACAGCAACCUCAUCCAGUCCAUGCUUCAGGGCGAUGAUUUCCUGUGCUUUACUGCCCAGUCAAAGAAAGAUCAUCGAAAGCUGAGCGACCAGUUCUACGGCACUAUGAAGUUAUCGGUCACGAUCCGGACGUGCAUGUCGCCGCUCUCUAGUUUCCGGCCACCGAUGUCCGCGCCCGAUGCAUCCAGUCUAGGCUUGAGUGGCUUUGCCAUAGAGUAUAUCGAAGGUCCAGAACCAGUCUUGGCUAUGCUCUGUGCUGAAAGACGUCUGCAUACCGCUGGUGUAUCUCUCCGAGACAUCACCAAUCAACAAUAUGACAGACUCGUCACCGUUGACAGCAUCCAGAUGUGGGCAGCAGGGAAGCAAAUGUACCAAGUCAGGCGCCGAAAGGAGUACGGUGCGGACGCCGUAUCGACAACCACCCGAAAUGUCAGUCAGGGCAGGUUCUGGACUGAUCAGCCCAUAGACACGGCAGAGAAGGACGGGCUGCUGCGUCAGAUCGAAGAGCUCACGCAGAAGUUUUCCGAACUGAAAGACAAGUCGAAUGCCUUCAAAGACCAAGGCGCGCAGCUGGACGCGAAGGAACGGGACAUACAAAAGGAGGUCGAUGAGCUGCGGAACACGAAGAACCAGUUGCAGACAGAGUACAACAAAUGGGUUACGCUGCCAGACAAGAUUGAGGCGGAGAAGAAGACGCUAGCUGCACGCCAGGAUGCCAUGACCGAGGCACGUAGCAAGACUUACGACCUGAACGAUCGACAAGACACUUUGACUCUGGACCGGGCAAAGGCAGUUUUGCGGCACAAGGCGCAGGUGGACGUCAUCCGUGAAGCGCAUCAGGCGGUCGUUGAAGUCCAAGUGCGCCUGAUCGAGGCUAAGUCGGAUAUCGAGGGUCUCAAGAACAAGAAUGCAGACAUCACGCGGAUGUUGGACGAAGAACAGCAACGGCUCAGCGAGAUCGAGCAGGAGCUCACCCGCCUGAAAAAGCUCGCCACCGAUGCACUCGUCGUGGUCAAGAACAUCUUCGAGGAGAAUUCUGACCGCCGACAAGAGCUCGAACAGAUCGCGGAGGGCAAGACGGUCGAGGACAUCAACAACGAGAUCGAGUCGGAGAAGUCCAAGCUCGAGUUCAUCCACGCCUCGAACCCCAAUGUUCUACAGGAGUUUGAACGGCGUGGGCGAGAGAUUGAGAAACUGAGGCGGCAAAAGGGCGCGCAGGAGCGCGACCUUGAUAUCAUGAACACUCGCAUCAGGGAUAUCCGGGAGCAAUGGGAGCCCCGGCUAGACGACCUAGUCAACCGCAUUAACGAUGCGUUCAGCUACAACUUUGAGCAGAUCAGCUGUGCUGGCGAAGUCAGCGUCCACAAGGAUGAGGACUUUGACAAGUGGGCCAUCGAGAUCAAAGUCAAGUUCCGUGAGAACGAGGCUCUGCAGAAGCUGGAUCAGCACCGGCAGUCGGGCGGCGAACGUGCCGUCUCGACCAUCUUCUACCUCAUGUCUCUCCAGUCCAUGGCGCAGGCCCCCUUCCGCGUCGUCGACGAGAUCAACCAGGGCAUGGACCCGCGCAACGAGCGCAUGGUGCACGAGCGCAUGGUCGAGAUUGCCUGCCGCGAGCACACGUCGCAGUACUUCCUCAUCACGCCCAAGCUCCUCCCCGGCCUGCGGUACGACGAGAAGAUGAGGGUCUUGUGCAUCGCCAGCGGCGAGCACAUGCCGGGAGAGGGCAAGAAGCUCGACUUUGGCCGUGAGUUUCCAAACCCUGGGCCAAUUCCCCCGGAAGUCCUAUACCCCACCCGCAAAACAUAUCCCGAUGAUGAAGCUCGCAUGUUGAUGGAGCGGGACAGGGCCGCCAGAGAUGACUUGAGGGUAGUCGACUUGAUCACCUCGAUCACCCCGGGCAUCCAUGCGCCACAUACAUGGGGGUUCGCGAUUUAUCGCGCUGUUUUUGGUCCCGGCUCCGAUGAGCGGUUUUCCAAUGGAAUAAAACGUUUCGAGGCCUGGCUUCGAUGGAAAAUACGCAUGGACCGCUAUCUGAACGACGGAACGCCAAUGUUGUGGGAACACCAUCCUCGGUGGAUGCCUCGGGAAGGUGACCGCGAUGUGACGGAUGAUAUCGCCGAGAGGCUCUGGAAUGAGGUCAUCCAGGACUAUCCAGGCCAGGAGUCUAUCUGUUCGGCCAAUGGAGAAGACGACAAGGAAGGCACGGAGGACUUCACGGCCGUCGGCAAGGCAUUCGUCGAGCACGUUGCGUCUUUGCAAGUCGACACAACGCGGGUCAACACCCGGUAUGACCACUGUCUCAUCAUUGAUGAAACUGCUUUGCAGACCAUCGAACGUCUCCCUGAAGAGGUGUACCCGGUGAUUCCGCCAGCUGAGAAUCGGGAGCAGCUUUCUGCUAUCAGGAAUACGCUAUACAAUGACACCUGGGUCUGGGUCCUUGAUCGCAAAACGAUGCAGGACCGGCUGGACGGCAAGAAAACGCGCUACCCCAUUUGGAUCCGCCUGAGACUUGCCUUGGUGUAUCUUAUUUGGUUCCACAGACCUCUAAAGCUUAUUCCGUGGGAAUGGGGUGAACAUGUCGUAGAGGAGGACAGGCACAAAUGGGAUAGUGUUUUUUGGUGGAAUCCAACUGCGAAAACGGCCAACAUGGUGAUGAGGAGUUUUCGUGAGAGGGCGGUCGACGAUGCAGAUGAGGAGAGAACAGUUUGA